UUCUAUGCUACCCAACUGGGACGAUACAGAAGAUAUCCUAGUGGAGACACUCGCCAGAUUCGAGAAGGACGUGAAACUACCCAACACCGGGUUCCUGGCGUUAGCAACAGAGGUAGAAAGGGACGAGGAGAAGACCUCGGAACCUCCAAGAGAAAUCAAGGAAAUACUGAAGGAGUUCCAAGACAUUCUCCUCGACGACCUCCCGGACGAGCUACCGCUAUACCGAAUGCACCAACAUGAGAUCGUGGAGGAACCAGGUUCGAAACCGACCUUCCGAGCACCAUAUCGGCUAAGCCCCACAGAACUAGCCGACAUGAAGAAACAAAUCGAGUAUCUCCUUGCCAAAGGACUCAUCCGACCAUCCACUUCACCAUACAGUGCCCCUGUACUCUUCAUGCAGAAACCAAACGGAAGCCUGUGCAUGUGCAUCGACUAUCGGGCUCUCAACAAGCAGACCAUCCAGAACAAGUACCCGAUUCCACGAAUCGAUGAUCUGCUUGACCAGCUUCGGGGAGCCAUGGUAUUUUCAAAACUAGAUCUGCGGUCCGGAUACUGGCAGAUAAGAAUGGGGGACAAUUCGGUACGGAUCGUACGAGUAUCUGCAGAGAUGAAUCAUAUCCUAUGCCCACUCUUGAACGAAUGCGUGGUGGUGUACCUGGACGACAUCCUCGUCUACUCACGCGACAUGCACCAACACGUCGAGCACCUACGACGUGUCUUUGAAAUUCUUCAACGAGAACGGUUCUACGUCAAACUAUCCAAGAGCGACUUCGCCCUCGAGAAAGUCCAAUUCCUUGGACAUAUCAUAAGCGCUCAAGGAGUUCACGUCGACCCCAAGAAAAUCGAAGCCGUACGUACGUGGAAGACACCCGAGAACGUGAAGGAGUUACAGCAAUUCCUUGGCUUCGCAAACUACUACAACAGGUUCGUGCCGCAAUACGCGAAGAUCACCGCGCCACUCAUGAAUUUGCUAAAGAAGAGCACGCCCUGUAAAUGGGAGCCACAACACCAGGAAGCCGUGGAGCAGCUGAAACAAGCACUCACGUCCGCACCCGUACUCAUCUUGCCAGACCCCGAACGCGACUACGUCAUCGAAGCUGACGCCAGCAACCAGGCAGUGGGAGCAGUCUUGAUGCAAGACCAGGGGAAUGGCGUGCAACCAAUUGCCUACCUUAGCAAAAAAAUAUACAGGGCAGAACUCAACUACCCAAUACACGACAAGGAGGCCCUUGCUAUCAUCAUCGCCUUCAAAACGUGGAGAUGUUAUCUCGAAGGACGCAAGACGAUAGUCUACACCAACUAUUGCAGCCUACAAUAUUGAAGACAUAACCAAGCCUCUCCAGGC